AAUUCAAUAAUUCAAGAAAGAGUUUUAAGAAAUCUAGAAGAAAUCGCUCUUCUAGUAGACAAUUAAUCUGUAAUAAUAAUAAUCAAGUCAAAGAUUUUAUUAGACGUAAAGAGUAUACCCUAAACAAGUACAAUCAGAUUUUAAUAGAAUCAAAUACUUUAUCAAUAUAUGAUGCUUUACUCACAAAUAACAAUACGAACUUUAAAUUAAAAAUUCCAAAUGAUCCUCUUGCAUUGAUAAUGACUAAAUUAAAUGAGUUUAAUUCUAUAAAGGAGUACUUAACCAGAUUAGAUCAAAAGUAG